AUGGUCGAAAUAACUGUGACCUCUCCGCCCGGAACGAGUCGAAAUGUUACUUUUGAGUCGCCGGACGAGAAAACUGAAAUAGAAAACCAGAUAAUAGCCAAAGUGCAAGAAGUUUUGGGCAAUCAAUACUCAAGAGAAGUGAUCUUGCAAGCUAUUCAUGUGAGUUUGCUCCAAAACAGUUUUCUUUCUGAAAAUUAUGAAAAAUACGAAAUUUGCAAAACCAGAUCGUAGUUCAACAUUAAAGAAUAUUUUUUCAGACUCAUUCGGAGCCGAAGAAUGACGACACGUUCAUGGGUCAGAUUAUCGACGAUCUAUUCAAGGAGAACAAAUCAGAUGAGCCCAUAAUCGGACCAAUUUUCCGUCCGGAUCUGGCCUCGACUUCCACGAAUACGACCGAUUCCCUGGCGGUCAUUCCUUACGACCCCAACCAUAUCAGCAAUACAAACAUGAGUAAGGAGGACGUUGAAUUGCAGCGAGUGCUCGAGGAGUCCAUGAAAGACGUCGAGAUUGCAGAUAUGGAAGAAAUGAUCCGCGAUCCGAACGUCUCCGUGGGACUCGCCAACUCCGGGAACACGUGCUGGUUCAACUGUCUGGCUCAGGUGCUCUACAGCCUUCCGAGGUUCCGCUCGAUUCUCUAUCAUUGUGUUCCGUACACAUGGAAGCAGCAACCAAUUGUGAACAUCCGCCGUGAGAGCUUGCUCUACGCCGAGCUUCUCCUCGGGUUUCGGACCCUUCUGGCGGAGUUGCAGUUCACAGAGCUGACGUAUCUUACCGUCGAUCCGGAACUUCACAAGGUAAAACAAAUCUUUCUGCUAACACAGAACAAGAAGAGAACUUUUCAGCUCGUCGAUAGGUUGUAUCACGGAGAAAGAUCGAAGAACACCUCAAUCGGAAGGCAGCAAGAUGCGUCGGAGAUGUUCAUGCUUAUUUUGGAAUGGCUUCGCAAAGGAUUGUACGCGGCACUUCACAGCCAGCUUCACCCGGAAGAGCGUCUCGAAGCGGCCGAUGAAAACCUUGUCGUGGCCGAUUCAACAGCCGAGGCUCCGAACAGCGACGUAACAGGCACUCUUCCGCCGGAUUACGAUAGUGGAAUGGACGCUCUCGUCACGUCCACGUCAUCAGCGUAUCGAGAAGCAAAAUCGAGACCGAAUUCACCGGUUAAAAAGAAUACGAUUAGUGGCAUUGGAAUUCCACACGUUGAUGGCUCUUUAUUCGGAGCGUCCCAUCAGAGUCUGAAAAAUGAGCUUCCGUCCAUUGAAGAAGCGAUGGACACAUCGGAAGGGGUUCUAGAUCAUAGCUCGCGGAGAGCGCGCACGUCCCCACCUCCAAAAGCCUCCAGAAUUGAAGUGGAUCAGCCAGUUCCGGAAGUUUCCGACGCCGAGAAAAAUUUUGUGGAGAGUCUUCUGAAGCAGUUCAAGGACAUAUUCCAAUUCACGUGUAUCACUCAAAUAAUCGAUAAUGCGACGGGAUUGGAAAGCGUGGAACAAAAGGCCGAAACGGAGAGCUCGCCACUGUUUCUCAACUUGCAAAUGUCAUUCGGGAACAUGCACGAUGCUCUGGAAGCGGCGACGUUUGAUUUUACGCGGUACGAAGGAUCGCACGCGCGGUCCCUGUACUCCACGAUGCCCGCAGUUCUGUUCAUGAAUCUCUCGAGAUUCAAUUAUGAACAAGGAGCCAACAAACUACACAAUACAUUCAAGUUUCCAAGGUAAUUUUUGUUUCAUUGCUUUGUUAUGUCCAUGACGUCAUAAGUGUUUUGAAAAUUUUGCAGCUACAAGGCUGCCAAAUUUACCCGGACUGUAACAGUUUUCUCUCAUAUGUUUUUGUAGAAACAUGUACAUGGACCGCUAUUUGUAUAGCAAUCUGGACACCAUUCUGGAACUCCGAAAGAAGCAGCUGGCUCUCCGUGAGCAGUUGUCAGUCACAAAAUCCAAGUUGGCCGGCCUACAAAAAUAUCCGCAAAACGACGGGACCUCGACGCGUCUGGCAACCGCUUUCGAGACGGUCCUUGAAGCACUGAGAAACGUGAGAUUGGAUGAGAAGGCCACGUCAUUGUGUGAAAAUGACAACGUGGUUUGUGAACCUCUUCUACCGUCAACGUCUUCCGCAAGUUCUCCGAUUUGCAAUACCGGAUCGUUAGUGGAAGAUCUGGGAAAGAAAUUCCCCUCGUUUGACAAGGAAAAGUGCCCGACUUUGGGUUUAUGCGCGGAUUCACUCGAAGCUAUGGUCGCAUUGUUGGUCCGAGAGGAGACCGAAUUGUCACAGAGAGUGGCGCAGCUGGAGGACGAGAUCAACAAUAUCUACGAAGUGGACAGUCUACACAAGAAGAAAUACGAACUUCAGGCACUCAUCAUCCACGCAGGAGAGGCAAACAGCGGUCAUUACUGGACAUAUCGACUCAGUAAGAUAUUGAUGCUUUUUAAUUUCUUUUUUUAUUUGAGACUUUGUAAAUCGUAUAAAAUUAUAUAGAUUAUCCAUAUUAGAAUAAAAAGACUCAACUUCAGAAAGAACGAUCGAUGGUACCGAAAAAUGGGAGAAGAUAAACGACAAGACGACAGAAGAAGUAAGCUGGGAUAAGGUCGAAUCGGAUUCGUUUGGAAGCGGAACCCGUUCCUCGCCGUCCGCCUACAUGCUCAUGUACGUGCUGGCCGAUGCUCACGACAUCAUUGGCGCCGACAACAUGACGGAAAGCGAGGCUAUCAAGAUACUUCCGAAUGAUAUGCAGGAGAUGGUGGCUCUAAAGAGGGCGCAGAUCAAGGAAGCAAUUCGUCGGUAUUUUUGAUUUGAAUUAAAUGGUUCAAUUUUUUUUAUUUUGUUGUUUUCGUCUUUAUCAGUAGUCGAAAGCAAGGAAACAAAUUUAAUUGUUCCAGAAGUUUUCCAUAAAUAUGGUGAAUUUUCAGAUUUCGACAAGAAAAGUCGCAAACUCCCGGACAAUAUCAGAAAGCGCCGUCGAGCACGUUCACUUGGUAUCGAGUCGAAGAACAGCCGAACGAAGGCGACGAAAAUGCGAAUCCAACCGGCCGACUACCUGUUGUGACCGAUCGGCUCGACGAGUAUCCGAUUGUUAUUGCCACGGAUCUAGAAAUCGAUCGAGUUACUCAGAUGGUCAGGAAACUUACAUUUUCGUGGAAAAACUCAUUGAUAUAUUAUUCUAGAUAGCAAGAAUGUGGAAUUAUAUUACUAAUUUGGAGCCAAACAAAUUCAAGGAUUCUCAGAAUUUUUUGGAAUAUCAUCUCGAAAGAUUCUGGUUCGACUUGAAUGGUGCAAAGUCAUUCCUUGAGACGAAAUUGUGAGCAUCCCGACAACUUUUUAUAAAAGUUUAUAAGCUGUUUUCAGAGGCUACCCACUCGACGAACUCCGAGAAGACGCUGAGAACGAUAUUGAUAAAGUUUUUAACGCGGUAAUCUCGAAACGAGUUAUUUUAGCUUUAUAAUUUUAUGCAAUUACAGUAUCUGACGGAAUACAUUCCUUCGGUUUUGGAUGGCAUAAAAUUUAACAAUCGCUCCUCGUUACUUUUCUUCGUCCACACUUCAUUUCCCCAUCUGAACGUCGCCGUUGUCAGAUUUCUUAUGCUCUACGCAAUGCACCUUGCCAACGUGAGAGUUUUGUCGACACGGGCCCAAAUCGAGUUGUUGAAUUACGAAGAAAGGUUCCGUGAUUCAUGUCAAAGAACGCUUAAAGUGAGUUAUUUACUGGUGCACAUUUAUGAAGUUGGAUGUCUGGAAACCUGGGCGACCCGGAGCUCUCUGGAGAAUUUCAAGGCAACCAUGGAUAGGAAAAAGGGGUACGUUGUUAUUCCAUGGUCACAAUGUCUCGCUUGCUCAGCAACCACCAGUUCCAGAAUGAAUGCUCGAAUGGAGCAUUGCUUCAACGCAAUGUAUCUGGCGAGAAUGGCUCGAGUCGCUGAAAAGAUUAUAUACGAGGAGACCAAGUGUUUCAGUGAUAAUUCGUUAAAGUUCGUGAAAACAGAAGUCAUCCAGACCGCCUCCAUACUCUCUGUGAUAGCGGCUGUGAAACAGCUGCUCCACAACCUUACGAAUCAAACAUUCACCGUUUUCGACAUGGAGUUCUUGCAUACAGAAUUAGAUCGUCGCAUUAAAUGGGAUGAAAUCAUCAAGGAGGUUCGGCUGGGAAUUGCACGAAUUCACACGUGGUUCCGGGAAUCCGAGGAGGAGAAACAAAUACACGAUAUUACGGCACCGCAGGAAAUUGUGAGUCGAUUUGGCGAGAACACAAGAAAGUUACCAGAUUCAAAAAUUCAGAAAGAACUCGACAUCGCAAGCGUGUACUCUUUCGUGAACACGGCAUUCGAAAUGGUCUACAGCUGUGCUCCGGUCACCAGCAGUACUGAAAAAUUGAUGUUGGUCACCGAAAUCCGCGAAGCACUGACGAUUCUCGAGGAGAAUCGGGAAAAACCGUCCCGACUAAUCGAAGCCAAUACUUCUGAUGCUUCUGUGGAACUGGAGAAGGUAUACUGUUCUUCUGGCUUUUUCAACAAAGAACGGAAGUGAAAUUUUGCAAAAAAGAGCAUAUCAACAUGAAGUUUUGAACGUUUUAUUUCAGGUUGCUCAUAUCCGCGACGAACUGUUUCCGAUUCAAGAUAGAGUGACCAAGAUCUCAAAUGAUGUUCAGGAGAUCGUAGGCAGCAUCUUCGGCUAA